UCGUCCGUAAAUAGACGCGCGAGCGAGAGAGACGUAUCAGUGACAACAAACAGCAGUUUGACAGCCAAACUCCUUCGGACGGUCUGAAGUUUUUCAGGGUUUUUAAAUGGAGCGUCCUCAGCAGAAGAGAGGGAGGAGACGCUGCGUUGUCCUCGCCGUCGUCGCUGUCCUGCUUCUCGUCGUCAUCGUCGCCGUCGUGUUGGGACUGACGCUGCGUCAGGACUCACAGCCGCUCAAGACCACAUUUAUUGCGAGGUGUGAGGAGUUCAAACAAUAUGACUGUCAAAAGAUAUGGGAUGCGUUUGAACAAGCCUACGUGGGGCGGGACCCUUGUAAAGUCCCCACAGAAGCCUACGACCCGUUCAUUGCCGCAGCCUACUUCAAACCUGAAUGCAACAGAAUGAUGUUCUGGAGCAAAACGAAGGAUGUGGUCCAUGACUUCACCGAGACGAACAAUUGUUUCGUCACCCUGGAGGACACUGUGCUGGGAAGGGUGGCGGAUGGUCUGACCUGGUGUGGAAAGGAGGGCAGCAGUGAAACAUUCACGACCGGCUGCCCUGGAUGGUCAGACUGCGCGAACAACACUGUUCGCUCAUUUUGGAACAGAGUCUCAGCUGCUUUUGCAGAUGCUGCCUGUGGUGAUGUGACAGCAAUGCUGAACGGAUCCAUCCCCACCCCGUUCAGUCCUGCAAGUAUUUUCGGGAGCGUCGAGCUGAUGAGGUUCAGCUCCCCCAGAGUGAGCCGCCUGAACGUUGUUCUGGUCACACAGACGAACUCAGUGGCAAACUGCACAAACGCAUCUUUUAAGGAGCUACAGAAAGAGCUGGAUGCAGGAAUUGCAUAUAACUGCAAGGAAGUGGCCGAAGCUCAGCUGCAGGAGUGCAGCUCCAAACCCUGUGGAGGCUGUUGGUGAAGGUGUCAACUAAAUGUCAGAUCAGACUGUCUGACAAGAGGAACAAUAAUUCUAACAAUCACCAGCGAUUGUUUUCAUUUCAAUUGAGUUUCUUUUGUACCUGUGGGCCAGUUUGACUCAAUGUGAAAUGCAUCUUUUUACAUAACAUUUUUACAAUAUGACAUUGCACCUUUGUACCUCUAGGGAAGCUUUUCAUCAAGUGUGAAGGAGUUGUGGCGAAGCGUCAUGUACUGUAAGGUGAAUCACCAGCACUGCUAUCCAAUCAGCAUCUCACUCCAACCUGCCGGCAGACUUUUUUCCGUGUUUGUAAAUAAAAUGUUAAA